AUGCGCAAUGAGAUCAACGCUCUUGUCUCUGGCAUCGAAGACCCCGCUGUUCGCAAGGCCUUCGACGCCGAAAUGUCCAACUUUUUCACCCUCUUCAACCGCUACCUCUCCGAGAAGGCCAAGGGCGAGAAGCUCGUCUGGGACAAGAUCCAGCCCCCUUCCCCCGAGCAGAUUACCCCUUAUGCCGAGCUCCGAAAGGCCACCGACCCCUCGGUCCUCAACAAGCUCGCCGUCCUCAAGCUCAACGGUGGUCUCGGCACCACCAUGGGCUGCACCGGCCCCAAGUCGGUCAUCGAGGUCCGUGAUGGCAUGACCUUCCUCGAUCUUUCGGUCCGACAGAUUGAGCACCUCAACAGCUCGCACAACGUCAACGUUCCCUUCAUCCUCAUGAACUCCUUCAACACCGACGACGACACUGCCCGCGUCAUUCAAAAGUACGCCAACCACAACGUCGAGAUCCUCACUUUCAACCAGUCCCGAUACCCGCGUGUCAACAAGGAGUCGCUCCUCCCUUGCCCUCGCUCCGCCACGGACAACAAGAACCUCUGGUACCCUCCCGGUCACGGAGAUCUUUUCGAUGCCAUGAACAACUCGGGUCUCCUCGACCGUUUGAUCGCUGCCGGAAAGGAGUACCUCUUCGUCUCGAACGUCGACAACUUGGGCGCAGACGUCGACCUCAACAUCUUCCAGCACAUGAUCGACACUCAGGCCGAAUUCAUCUCCGAGGUCACUGACAAGACCAAGGCAGACGUCAAAGGUGGUACUUUGAUCGACUACGAGGGCACCAUUCGUCUUCUCGAAAUUGCACAGGUCCCCUCGGAGCACGUCGAGGACUUCAAGUCGGUCAAGAAGUUCAAGAUCUUCAACACCAACAAUUUGUGGCUCAACCUGCGCGCCGUCAAGCGUGUCCUCGACAACGAGGAGCUCGAUCUCGAGAUCAUCGUCAACAACAAGGCGCUCGAAUCUGGCGAGGCCGUCAUCCAGCUCGAGACUGCCGUGGGUGCAGCUAUCAAGCACUUCCGCGGUGCCAAGGGUGUCAACGUGCCACGAUCUCGUUUCCUGCCCGUCAAGUCGUGCUCCGAUCUGUUGCUCAUCACUUCGGAUCUGUACUCGCUCGAACACGGCAAGCUGGUCAUGAACCCUGGUCGUAUGUUCUCCCAGACUCCCGUCGUUAAGCUCGGUGACACGUUCAAGAAGGUCGCCCAAUUCCAGAAGAGGUUCAAGUCGAUCCCGGAGAUGAUCGAGUUGGAUCACUUGACCGUGCAGGGCGAUGUGGUUUUCGGCAGGAACAUCACUCUUCGCGGUACCGUCAUCAUUGUGGCCAACGAGGGUAACAAGAUCGAGAUUCCAGAAGGAAGCGUGCUCGAGAACAAGCUGAUCUCGGGUAACUUGGCUAUCAUCGACCACUAG